GCAGUACUUAAGACCAACCCAGAGCGGGGCUGGGCGGGGCGCCGUGCUGAACGACGGGGCGCUUGGCCAAUGGCGAGUACGAAAGCGGGCAGCCCAGACCGGGAACGCAGAGGGAGCUAAGGGAGGGGAAGGCUGAACGGGAGAGAAGCAGGAAGUAGCGGCGGCCGCGGGGAGGGCGGUGGCGGCGGCGGCGGCGGCAGAGGCUGGAGCACGGGAGAGACCGCCGGGGCUCGGCCCGCACUGGGAGCCAAACAAUUUUAGGGUUUGGCGAACCAGGUGCCUCCAACCAGCCCUCGGAUCCGCACUGAGCUGGUCCGCCACGUCGGAGCCAGGGAUCUGCCGCCAUGGGAGACAUGAAGACCCCUGAUUUUGACGACCUCCUUGCCGCCUUUGACAUCCCCGACAUUGAUGCAAAUGAAGCCAUCCACUCUGGGCCGGAAGAAAACGAGGGGCCAGGAGGCUCAGUGAAGCCAGAACCCAGUGUAGGGGGUGAAUCUGGAGAAGCAGCAGCAGCAGCUCCUGGGGAUGGCCCUGGGGUUCCAGCCCAGGCCUCUGACCUUGGCCUGCCGGCAGCGGACAUCUCAGCAGUCAGCGUCAUUGUCAAGAACACUGUGUGUCCUGAGCAGUCUGAGUCCCUGGUUGGAAGUUCAGAAGGGGAAGAGGCUGGGGCCGGGGGCGUGACCAAGGAAGGGCCUGUGGGACCUCGUCUGAUGCAAAACGGCUUUGGGGGCCCUGAGCCAUCCCUUCCGGGAACUCCCCACCCUCCAGCUCCUCCUAGUGUGGGUUCCUGGAAAGAGAACAGCACGGAAGGCAAAGCUCCUUUGGACCUCUUUGAUCAUUUUGGGCCUGAGUCAGGAGAGCACCCCGAUCCCCUGCCUCUGUCUGCACCCUCCCCACCUCGGGAAGGGGCCGUGACCCCACCUCCUUUCCCCUCACCCUUUGAGCUGGCCCGAGAGAAUGGCCCGGCCCUGCUGCCCCCUGGUUCCCCCCCACUGCUGGGUGCCUUGAAGCAAGGCGGCUGCAGCCCCCUCCACCCCCCGGGCCCAGCCCAGCGAGCCUCGGGCUUGAGCCCUGAGGCUGCGGGCAUCCCUGCCAGCGCCUCGCCUCCCCGGGUUGCCGGGGGGCCCUUCUUCAAGCAGUCUCCAGGGCACCACAGCCCUCUUGCCUCCCCAGAGGUGCCCAGCUGUCAGCCCCUAAAGGAGGAAGAGGACGAGGGACCGGUGGACAAGUCCCCCACGGCAAGUCCCCAGAGCCCCUCUAGUGGCGCCGAGGCUGCCGACGAGGACAGCAAUGACUCCCCUGCCUCCUCCAGCUCCUCUAGGCCCCUCAAGGUGCGGAUCAAGACCAUCAAAACAUCCUGCGGCAGUGUCACGAGGACCGUGACCCGGGUCCCCUCAGACCCUGAUCCACCUGCCCCUUUGGCUGAGGGGACCUUCCUGGCCGAGGCCAGCCUCUUGAAGCUGUCCCCUGUAGCCCCGACCCCUGAGGCUCCAAAGGUGGUGAGCGUCCAGCUGGGUGAUGGCACGAGGCUGAAGGGCACUGUGCUGCCUGUGGCCACCAUCCAGAACGCGAGUACUGCCAUGUUGAUGGCGGCCAGUGUGGCCCGCAAAGCUGUGGUUCUACCUGGGGGCACCGCUACCAGCCCGAAGAUGAUGGCUAAGAAUGUGCUGGGUCUGGUGCCCCAAGCCCUGCCCAAGGCUGAGGGGCGGGCAGGGCUGGGGACGGGGGGCCAGAAGGUGAACGGCGCCUCCGUGGUGAUGGUGCAGCCUUCCAAGCCGGCCACCGCGCCGGGCGCCGGGGGCGGCACGGUCAUCUCGCGGACCCAGUCCAGCCUGGUGGAGGCCUUCAACAAGAUCCUCAACAGCAAGAACCUGCUGCCGGCCUACCGGCCAAACCUGAGCCCGCCGGCUGAGGCCGGGCUGGCCCUGCCCCCGAGCGGCUACCGCUGCCUGGAGUGUGGGGACGCCUUCUCGCUGGAGAAGAGCCUGGCGCGGCACUACGACCGCCGGAGCAUGCGCAUCGAGGUCACCUGCAACCACUGCGCCCGCCGCCUGGUCUUCUUCAACAAGUGCAGCCUGCUGCUGCACGCGCGCGAGCACAAGGAGAAGGGGCUGGUCAUGCAGUGCUCGCACCUGGUCAUGAGGCCCGUGGCCCUUGACCAGAUGGUGGGGCAGCCGGACGUCACGCCCCUGCUGGCUGUCCCGCCCGCCCUCGGACCUCCGGCCUUGGCUGUCCUGCCUGCCUUGGGCAAGGGCGACGGGGCCAUCGCCUCCGCCAUUGCCGCGGUUGCUGCCGAAGCCCCUGUGCUGCCGCUCUCAGCCGAGCCGCCGGCCGCCCCCGCCACCUCUGCUUCCACGUGCUUCCGCUGCCUGGAGUGCAGGGAGCAGUGCCGCGACAGGGCCGGCAUGGCCGCCCACUUCCAGCAGCUCGGGCCUCCUGCCCCCGGGGCCACCAGCAACGUGUGCCCGACCUGCCCCAUGAUGCUCUCCAAUCGCUGCAGCUUCAGCGCGCACCAGCGCAUGCACAAGAACCGGGCCCCCCACGUCUGCCCCGAGUGCGGGGACAGCUUCCUGCAAGCCAGCUUCCAGGCCCACCUGCGGGAAGCCUGUCUGCACUUCUCCCGCCGUGUAGGAUACAGGUGCCCCAGCUGUGCAGUGGUGUUUGGGGGUGUGAACUCCAUCAAGUCGCACAUCCAGACGUCACACUGCGAGGUUUUCCACAAGUGCCCCAUCUGCCCCAUGGCCUUCAAGUCCGCACCCAGCGCCCACGCCCACCUCUACACCCAGCACCCCAGCUUCCACGCGCAGCAGGCCAAGAUGAUCUACAAGUGCGCCAUGUGCGACACGGUCUUCACUCACAAGCCCCUCCUCUCCUCACACUUCGACCAGCACCUGCUGCCCCAGCGCGUCAGCGUCUUCAAGUGCCCGUCUUGUCCUCUGCUUUUUGCCCAAAAAAGGACCAUGCUGGAGCAUCUCAAGAACACGCACCAGUCUGGGCGCUCAGGGGAGGAGACUGCCGGGAAAGGGGCCGAGGGUGCCCUUCUGACCCCCAAGGCUGAGCCCGAGGAGCGGGCUGUGUCUCGGGGAGGGGCGGCGCCCCCUGUGGAGGUGUCGUCCUCAUCCUCCGAAGAGGAGGAAGUACCCAGCUCCCCGGAGCCCCCUCGUCCAACCAGACGGCCCCGGCGGGACCUGGGGACCAAAGGCGCCAAGGCUGGAGGUGGGGGCCCUGGAGGCUGGACCUGUGGCCUUUGUCACUCCUGGUUCCCUGAGCGUGACGAGUAUGUGGCCCACAUGAAGAAGGAGCAUGGCAAGUCGGUGAAGAAGUUCCCCUGCCGCCUGUGUGAGCGCUCCUUCUGCUCGGCCCCCAGCCUGCGGCGCCACGUCCGGGUCAACCACGAGGGCAUCAAGCGAGUGUACCCGUGCAGGUACUGCACGGAGGGGAAGCGCACCUUCAGCAGCCGCCUGAUCCUGGAGAAGCACGUCCAGGUCCGGCAUGGCCUGCCGCUCGGGGCCCAGUCCCCUGGCCGGGGGAGCAUUGUGGUUCGGGGCCCCGGUGCCAGAGCCCAGGGGCCAGGACUGAAACGCCGCCAGUCCUCCGACUCCUGCAGUGAGGAGCCUGACAGCACAACCCCGCCAGCCAAGGCCCCCAGGGGCGGACCCGGGCCGGGCGGCCCACUGCGCUACCGGAGCGCUGGGCCCCUGGAGCAGAGCCUCAUGGUGGGGCUGAGGGUGGAGGGCGGGACCCAGCAGUGCCUCGACUGCGGCCUGUGCUUCGCCUCCCCUGGCUCCCUGAGCCGGCACCGCUUCAUCAGCCACAAGAAGAAGCGCGGCGGGGGUGCCGCUGCCCUGGGCCUGGGGGCCGGAGACGAAGAGGCCCCCACUCCGAGGUCUGACCCAGACGGAGGAGAGCCACCCUCACCUGCUUCUGGAGGCCCACUGACCUGUAAGGUCUGCGGCAAGAGCUGUGACAGCCCCCUCAACCUCAAGACCCAUUUCCGCACCCACGGCAUGGCGUUCAUCAGGGCUCGGCAAGGAGGCAGCGGGGACAACUAGGUCCCAGACCUGGACUGACUGGCCCCCUCCCCCUUCCUCGGGAGCCUGGGUCACUGCUGCUGCCUGGUCCCCAGGCUGGGGGGUCUCAUAACGCGCAUUUUGUUCAGCUCCUCUCCCCUUAACCCCCAACGACGACAGACUUGAGCAUUAUAGUUAUUUGCAGUCCCCACCCUGGGUUUGGUCCUUGGGUCCUAUAGAGUGGGCCACCACGCCUCCUUAGCCCGACACUAAUUCCGUUCCUGCUGCACUCCCCGCUGGGGCCGGGCUGGGAGGCAGGGCCCCGAACGCCGAAGCUGCCUCAGCCCCCACCCCAUCCCUGCAGGCUGACUUGGGGCCUGGCCACCCUCGCACCAGCCCUCAGGCUCCCUGGCACUCCAGCCCCGGCCUCUGCAGUGCCUUUCACUUGUCUUUUUCCCCCCAGAAAUCCAGGGGGGUUGGUAGGGAUGAGUCCUGUCACGGGGGAGGGCCCAGGGAGAGGAGGGGACGGGCUCUCAGGAAUCCUUUAUUCUUGUAGAGAUACUAACAGUGGGGGACCGGAGGGAGAAAGCCAGACAAUUAAACUGUUCCUGGUUUAAUCUC